GAGAGUGAAUUAGAUAUAGAAGAGAGCGCUAUAAUAACUCUUCGCGCCUCGUCAAAAAACGCGGUAAAUACGCUCCUUAUCAGAAGUUAGUUAGUGUAUGAUUAUUAACCAACUUUCACAACGGUCCAAUCUCAAGGAGUAUUCAAUCAUUCAUCCGCCAUCUAUGGUACCAAGUAGCAACCCUCAAUUUCUUCUUUCCCAAGUUUCUUCGAGCCCUAGACUUUCCUAUAUCAUUCUUACACUUUUCCACAUUUAUUACAAAUCACUGUUAAGUAUUUGUCGCCGAUCCUUGCUUAGCUCUUUAUUCCCAGUUUUUAUCUCAUAUAAUCGAGAUCUGUGGUGAUGUUAGGUUAAAUUUUGCAUGAAGCCUAUGAUUGUUUCUCCGAAAAAUGUACAAAUCCCAAUACAUUAGCGGCCAGAGAGAAAAAUUCGUUAGGUAAAUAACCAAACUCGCAAUAUUUUUCUAUGAUUUCUUCAGAUCUAGGAAAGGUUUAACUUAUAAUUACAGGUUAGAUGAUAUAGAUUCAAGUUCUUCUCCUGCGACUGGAAUGAUGAUGCAGCGAAACUGUUUCGGAUUUAACCUAAAGAACCGAGGAGGUGAAAAGAAGAAAGCAUCCAAAUCUUUCAGGGAAGGAGUCAAAAAAAUCAGAUCAGAAGGUCUAAUAACCAUCGGUAAAUCGGUAACAAGAGCAGUUUUUCCAGAAGAUUUAAGAAUAACCGAGAAGAAAAUCUUUGAUCCUCAAGACAAAACACUUCUCAUAUGGAACAGAUUGUUCGUCAUUUCGUGUAUUUUAGCUGUCUCAGUUGAUCCAUUGUUCUUCUAUCUUCCCAUUGUCGAUAAUUCCGGAAGCAGCUGUAUAGGGAUUGACACGAAACUAGCUGUUACAACGACGACCCUUAGAACCAUCGUUGAUGUCUUUUACUUAACUAGAAUGGCUCUUCAGUUCCGAACAGCUUAUAUAGCUCCUUCCUCUCGUGUGUUUGGUCGUGGUGAGCUUGUGAUUGAUCCUGCAAAGAUCGCGGAACGGUAUUUAACCCGUUAUUUCAUCGUCGAUUUCCUAGCAGUGCUUCCUUUACCGCAGAUUGCGGUAUGGAAGUUUCUUCACGGGUCUAAAGGAUCAGAUGUGCUACCGACGAAAACGGCAUUGUUGAACAUUGUAAUCGUGCAGUAUAUUCCGAGAUUCGUGAGGUUUAUUCCGUUAACAUCAGAACUGAAGAAAACUGCUGGAGCUUUUGCUGAAGGAGCGUGGGCUGGUGCUGCUUAUUAUCUCCUCUGGUAUAUGCUUGCAAGCCACAUAACUGGAGCGUUUUGGUACAUGUUGUCAGUGGAACGUAACGAUACUUGUUGGAGAUUUGCUUGUAAGGUCCAGCCAGAUCCGCGACUCUGUGUUCAGAUUUUGUAUUGUGGGAGUAAAUUUGUGAGCAAUCGCGAAACUGAAUGGAUCAAAACAGUCCCUGAGCUUCUCAAGAGCAAUUGUUCCGCUAAAGCAGAUGAUUCAAAGUUUAACUAUGGGAUAUAUGGUCAGGCAAUAUCUUCAGGCAUUGUAUCAUCAACAACAUUUUUCUCCAAAUUCUGUUAUUGUCUAUGGUGGGGUCUUCAGAAUCUCAGCACGUUAGGUCAAGGACUGCAAACAAGUACAUUUCCAGGAGAGGUUUUGUUUUCCAUUGCGAUUGCUAUAGCUGGUCUUCUUCUUUUCGCGCUUCUUAUUGGGAAUAUGCAGACUUAUCUUCAGUCACUUACUGUUCGUCUCGAGGAAAUGAGGAUUAAAAGACGCGACUCGGAACAGUGGAUGCAUCACAGGUCACUUCCACAAAAUUUGAGGGAAAGAGUCAGACGCUAUGAUCAAUACAAAUGGUUAGAGACAAGAGGUGUAGACGAAGAAAACAUAGUUCAGAGUUUACCUAAGGAUCUCAGAAGAGACAUCAAACGCCAUCUCUGUCUAAAUUUAGUUAGGAGGGUUCCUCUGUUUGCUAAUAUGGAUGAAAGAUUACUUGACGCGAUCUGUGAGAGAUUAAAGCCGAGUCUUUACACGGAAAGCACUUACAUUGUGCGUGAAGGAGACCCGGUUAACGAAAUGAUGUUCAUAAUCCGAGGCCGGUUAGAGAGUGUAACAACAGAUGGAGGACGAAGCGGUUUCUUCAACAGAGGGUUAUUGAAAGAAGGAGACUUUUGUGGUGAAGAGCUUCUGACAUGGGCACUUGACCCUAAAGCAGGCUCAAACUUACCUUCUUCCACAAGAACAGUGAAGGCUCUAACUGAAGUAGAGGCUUUCGCUCUUGAAGCUGAAGAGCUGAAGUUUGUAGCAAGUCAGUUUAGGAGACUUCAUAGUCGACAGGUUCAACAAACAUUUAGGUUUUACUCUCAGCAAUGGAGAACUUGGGCUUCUUGCUUCAUCCAAGCUGCUUGGCGUCGCUAUUCAAGAAGGAAAAACGCUGAACUGAGGCGGAUAGAAGAAGAAGAAGAAGAAAUGGGUUAUGAAUAUGAGUAUGAUGAAGAAAGUGACAAGAGGCCUAUGGUUAUCACAAGAACUGAGUCUUCUUCUAGACUGCGUUCAACGAUAUUUGCAUCAAGAUUUGCUGCUAAUGCAUUGAAAGGGCACAGACUAAGGAGCUCAGAGAGUUCAAAGAGCUUGAUGAAUCUGCAAAAGCCUCCGGAACCUGAUUUUGAUGCUGAAUAAUCCAAUUCUUGAUCAGAGGCCAACAUCAGAAUAACAGAACUAUAUAAUUGAUUUAUACACAUAAAUGCUCUAUAUAUAACGUGUUUCAGAAACUUCAGAAACUGUUAGGUUUAUCUACACGAGAGCCAAUGAUCCUUCAAAGAUCUGCAUUGCAUUUUUAACAGUUCCUAUGUCGAUAU